AUCCUACACGGAUGAUCCACUCGUUUCUGACGCCAGGAAGACCGGGUUCCUGAGACCGUUACAUGCUCUCUACUUCCGGAUUACUGCUCAUAAUGUUCGCUUCAUUGUCUAGUUCCUCACCCGAAUGACAUUUCCCAGCGAUUGUUUUUAUAAGAUUAGCGUUUGUCCGAACGACGCCGCUGUACGAAGCUCUGAAACGCAUCUCUGCUACGUUUUCAUCUGGAUUGGCGCAACUGUUGGAUUUACGCGUUUAAAUGAAACUUGUAAGAUUUAUGAACAAUCGUGCACCAUCUAAUAAGAGAUAUCAGCCAACAGAAUAUGAGCACGCUGCUAACUGUGCCACACAUGCGCUCUGGAUCAUUCCCAGCAUUGUGGGUGGGAUCUUGUUGUACCUCUUAUCUGAUGACCACUGGGAGGAGAUUUCAGCAUGGCUCUACGGGGCAGGACUAUCAAGCCUUUUCAUCAUAUCCACAGUUUUCCAUACUAUCUCCUGGAAGAAGUCUCAUCUCCGAUCAGUUGAGCACUGUUUCCACAUGUGCGACAGGAUGGUGAUCUAUUUCUUCAUUGCAGCGUCCUACACACCAUGGUUGACACUGCGGGAUCUUGGUCCAUGGGCCGCCCACAUGCGUUGGGUGGUCUGGGUGAUGGCAUCUGGAGGAACUGCCUAUGUGUUCUUCUUCCAUGAAAGGUUUAAAGUCGUAGAGCUGAUCUGUUACACAGCAAUGGGUGUUUUCCCCGCUCUUGUCAUCCUCUCUAUGGCAGACAGGUCAGGUCUGUGUGAGCUGUUGGUUGGUGGCGGGUGUUAUGUUUUGGGCAUGGUCUUCUUUAAAAGUGACGGAAUAGUGCCCUUUGCUCACGCUAUAUGGCACCUGUUUGUUGCAAUGGGAGCAGGCAUCCAUUACUAUGCCAUCUGGAAGUACCUGUACACACCUGUUAAUCUACCAACCAGUACGGCCCGGUGACACACAUAUGCAUACACCUAAUCACUUACCUAAUAUAUAUUUGUCACUAAAGUGCUACUAAAGCACAAACAGUAUUGUUUAUUUUUUCUGUUGUGUUUUGGCUAGCGAACAGUUUGACUGAUGUAAUUCUUGUCACUUAUUAGGUCUUUAACUAGCACAUACAACAGAAAUCUAGGCAGCAGGGGUCAUUUUGGACCUGAGGCCGUGUGCAAUCCUGAGACUGAUAAAGGAUCCAGAACAAGAACAAUUCUAGAAAAACUAUGGACGUAUUAAAUGAAUGGUUUACAAUUUUUUAAAAAAGGUACUGAGCAAAGGUAAAAUCACUGCCAGAUAUUUGUGAAAACACUCAUCCUGGAGAGUAAUUACUUGACUGCAGUUUAAAGGUUUUUCUGUAGUGUCUUUUAACCGACUUGGGAUUAUUCCACUAAUUCUGCUACUGCCAGUGUGGAGAUUGUCUUGUUUCUGUCAGAAUUAUGAGUAUGUUUCGUAUUACUGUACACAGUAUCAAUUCUCCAUGCUUUUAGUGCUAGUCUUUUGCAUUUUUUGGAUGUGCAGUGUAUUUGGACAAUGCCACAAGUGCUUGAUGACAAUGCCUGGGACAUUUUGCCUGGACAGGUCAUCUGAUUUCAUGGUAUAAUGGAAAAGUUCAGACUCUCAUAUUAUGAUUGUGCCCUUUUUUUGGUGACUUUUAAAACGUGCUUAACAUCUAAGUCAAAACACUAUUUAAUAUUUUAAAUAAUAUUAAAUGACUGAAUCAGCAAAUCUUUUAAGGGUUAGGUCAUAGAGAAAUAGCUCAGUUUUUACAGUUUUUACAGCAUUAAGACUUGCGUGGUGCCAAUUUAAGGCUUUUGCCUCUUUUACUGCAUUCCAUUUCAGUAAAAAUCUGAAACAAAAAGUGUUUUGUUUUAGAUGUUAUUUAUUAAUUUCAACUUGCUGCUGUAGAUGUUGUAUAAUACAGUAUAUCAUUUUGUAUUAGUACUUAAUAGAGUAUGUAAAACAUACACUGAAAUUCGUCAGCUAUUUGCCUUCAUCAUCUUCAUCAGUUUUUGCAAACAGGAGAAAAAAACACAUUUUAAGAAAAUACUGAUGUACUGACUUUAGUCAGAUUCACCUCAGAUUAGUUUAAGAGUCGUUAAAGAAACAAUGCACCCAAAACUGAAAACUGUAAUCAUUUACUCAUCCCUGUUUAGUUCCAUACCUGCAUUUGUGGUCUUUCUUCUGUAGAAUACAAAAUUAAAUGUUAAGCAGAAUGUCCAAGCUGCUCGUUUUUAUGGAUGCUCGUUCACCACAGGAUAAAAAGGCAAUUGUGACCUUUGUCUCACAAUUCCAACUUUUUCUCUUAAAAUUAUGAGAAAAAAACGCUAAGAUGUAAACUUAGAAUUGACUUUUUUACCUGCAAUUCUGAGUUUGUAUCUCAUAAACUUUUUCUCAGAAUUCUAAGUUUACGCCUUGCAAUUCUGUUUCUUGCAAUUGCAACUUUUUAUCUGAUUAACUUUUUUAUAUACCUCCUUUCGUGUUCUGUGCAAGAAAGAAAAUCAUACAGAUUUGGAACAACAUGAGGAUGUAAAUGAUGGCAGAUUUUUCACUUUUGUAUGAACUAUAAUACACAUGUAGUGCACUUUGUGAUAAUACUUAUUACUACUCAGCUUCAUCGUCUACACUGGUCAAAGUUUGUAAAUUAGCCAUCUGUUCAUUGGACUGAUCAGCCAAAGCUUUUGCUCUCAGGGUUGCCAUCUCACUGGCUGAAACCAUCACAAUUUCUUAAGCAUUCCAUUUGUGUUGCACUCCUUUAGGCCGUACAUAUUUAAUAACUGUUUAACAUUCAAAAUCAAACUUGAACAUUGUAGAUAACUUGUAUUUUUGAUCAGGGCUAAUAGAAGAUCAGGGGCACAACCACAGAUUGUGAAGUUUAAUACAGACACACUCACACAUACACAGCAAGUUUGCAGUUUUUACUUCUCUAACUACUAAACUAUUAAACAAGUAUUUAAAUUUGUAUGGCCUUCACAAUCAUAUAAAACUUUUAACAGUUACUUGUAACAUAAUUUUUCUAAAGAUGUAUUUAUUAUUGCUUUACAUUAUGUAUUAUGAAUAUAAAAAGUGUUUGGUCAGUAGUUGUAAUCUAUGUGUACACAAACUUAUAGUGUUGAUAUUUAUGUUUGCUGUGUUAAGAUUAAACAUUUAGCAAGCACCUCAUUAGUGAUUUUUGAUAACGAUGUUUUAUUUGAUGAUGAGUGAAUUUCAGCUGAAAUGUGUAUGUUAUCGAAACACCUCGCCUUAGUGAACGUGCAUUUACGCUUUUAGUAUUGCAACACUCUGUCAGGUACGUUUUUGCUCCCUUAAGGAUUUAGAUGAUAGUAAGGGCUGUGUGUCUACAAGAUUUCAGUUUGAACUUGAAAUUACCUUUCUUUUUUUUUUCUUUACCAAGUCUUAUAGGUUGCAUUGAUGAUAUAAUUUUCAGUUUUAACAGUAAGUGUUAUAUCAUUGGUUGGAUGUUGUUGCCUAUAAUGUAUAUCUAAAUCUAAAAUGUAUGUUUCUAAAUUAUUUUAUGACUUUUUGUUAUUCUGUUGCAUUGUAAGGGGUCUGUUUUUGCCAUUGUUGACCGCUUUUUAUCUGUUUAGAUAUUUAUGGUGUAUUAUGCUUUAUUACAAAGUGUUUACUUGCGUUUAGUUGAUGCAAUAUGAAGUUUACAUCCAUCAUACAGCUUUCACUGCCACCCAGCCUGAGAUAAAUACAUUUAGAUUUCCAGUGACCUUAUAUUUAGUAAAACAACACAAUUUAUUGAAACUCUUAUGAUGCUUGAGGAGCUGUGUUUGUUAGUAAGAGUGCAUAAUGAAUGUACAAAAAUCAUUCCUCUUGCUUUUGAGUCACUAGUAUAUGCUGGAUGGCUGAUGUUUUAUAAAUGCAGUGAUUGAUUGUGGUUUUAACAUGUUAAAAUGAUUAAAAAGCAUACGGUUUACCUCUGACUCAAAGCCAAAAGAAAAUGCACUGCAACCAAGUUAAGAAAAGACCAAAUAUAGCACAAAUUAACACUGUUUUGCCCUGACAAAUCUUAUGUAAUGUAUAGUGUAGAAUUUGGCAUAGUCUUUGUGAUAUUUGACAGUAAACUUUCAUACAUCAGGCUGUCCUUGAGUUAUGAAAAAUAUUAAUUCAGUAAAAUUCUCUAUUGAAACCGAAUCCACUUGAAACCUAACCCUGACCUCACUGUAAAUAUCAUUUGUGCCUUUUCUAGUUUGGGUGUGUUUCAGAACAGUUCAAGGCUUUGUGUUGUUUCUGCUGAUUUGCUCUGCAUAAAAAAAUGUGAAUCUUUCACAUGAAGGUAUUUGUGAUUGUGAUUUUGCUGCAAUGUUUGUAUUGCCCCCAUUUUUGUAUUUGUAUUAAGACAAUGUUAUUUCAUACCAAUGCGUUUUUUUUUCAAAGAAGCGCCCUCCUGUCUGAAUCAUUAUUUGAGUCUUGCAUUCUAUGCAUUUUGUAUGUCUGUGGUAAAUCAAUAAAUGCAAAGGGAAAAAUUGCA